GUCAGCCAAGCAAACGGCAAACGGACAAGCCGCGCGCGUGACAGUUGUCUCGAACCAGCAUGGCACGGCGGCGGCGCGCGCUAUCCGACCCGCACUUGGACAGGUGCGCGAGACAAGAGGAGCUUUGACUUUCCUUCCACCUCCUCCACCUCUUCCUCCUCCUCUUCUUCUUCUUCGUCUUUUCACUUCUCGGUCAGUGUGUGGAUUUAUUUGGCGUCCGUGAGCACGAGACUUGAGGAGCGCGCGUCUUUAACCGCUUCGCUACGGAGAACCGCCUCAGUCGUCGGCAGCCAUGAUGCCCCUGAUCGGACUCUUCUGCUGGUCCAGUUGGCGAGUUCUGCAUUCCCAGAGGAGCCCGGACCCCUCAACACCAUCCCCACUGAAGUCGUGAGGAGGUAUCCGGUCUUCCUCGGCCGUGCUCACAGCUCGUCCGUGAAUCAGGAGCCGUUACACCUCCAGAGAGUCCUGCAGGUCAACCGCACGCUCUACAUCGGGGCCAGGGAUGACCUGUUUCGUGUGGAGUUGGACAACAUGGUUGGAGACGAGAUGUUUUACAGUAAGAAAAGGACGUGGGAGUCCAACAGGAACGACAUCAAAAUCUGCAGGAUGAAGGGCAAGCACGAGGACGAGUGUCGUAACUACAUUAAAGUCCUGUUGAGUCGACGAGGCGGUCUGUUCAUCUGCGGCACCAACGCCUUCAACCCGCUGUGCGCCAACUACACAGCAGACACUCUGGAGAUGGUGGGUGAGACAGUCAGUGGUAUGGCACGAUGUCCCUAUGACCCCAAACACGCCAACGUCGCCCUGUUUGCAGGUGGAAGCCUCUACACUGCGACAGUGACUGAUUUCUUGGCGAUUGAUGCUGUGAUCUACAGGAGUCUAGGCGAAACUCCGACACUGCGCACCAUCAAACAUGACUCCAAAUGGUUCAGAGAGCCGUACUUCGUCAGCGCUGUGGAAUGGAGAGAACAUAUCUACUUCUUCUUCCGUGAGAUGGCCAUGGAGUUCAACUACCUGGAGAAGGUGGUGGUAUCGCGGGUGGCGCGUGUGUGUAAGAGCGACGUGGGCGGUUCUCAGCGUGUGUUGGAGAAACAGUGGACUUCUUUCCUAAAGGCUCGACUCAACUGCUCCAUCCCCGGAGACUCGCACUUCUACUUCAACCUGCUGCACUCCACCAGCUCCGUCCUGCAGCUCCAGGGGAGAGACGUCGUCCUCGCAGUGUUCUCCACCCCCGCCAACAGUAUCCCCGGCUCGGCGGUGUGUGUGUUUGAUAUGGAGCAGCUCUCGGUGGUGUUUGACGGCAGGUUUAAGGAGCAGAAAUCUCCCGAGUCGAUCUGGACGCCGGUGGCAGAUGAUCUCAUCCCCAAACCCAGACCCGGCGGUUGCGCUGGUCAGGGCUCCAGGUUUAACUCGUCCACUUCGUUCCCUGACGAGAUGCUGAACUUUGUGAAAACUCACCCCCUGAUGGACGAGGCCGUGCCGUCUGUGAGACAGAGACCCUGGAUCGUCAGGACCAUGGUCAGAUAUCAGCUCAAUAAGAUGGUGGUGGACACGAACGCCGGUCCCCACGGCAACCGCACCGUCGUCUUCCUCGGCUCCAACCGCGGCACCAUCCUCAAAUUCCUCGUCGUCCAUGACGGAGACGACAUGGCGUCCAACGCCAACGUCUUCCUGGAGGAGCUGGAGGGCUUCAACCCGGAGAAGUGUGCUACAGACUCUCCUCAGGCUCGCCAGCUCCUGUCGCUCUCUCUGGACUCGGUCAGUCACACACUGCUGCUGGCGUUCCCGUCCUGUGUGAUCCGAGUGCCCGUAGCUCGCUGCCAUCUCUACUCCCGCUGCAUGAAGAACUGCAUCGCAGCGAGGGAUCCGUACUGCGGAUGGACUAAAGGCAGCACCUGCUCCUUCCUCCGGGUCGGCACCAGGCUUCCCUUCGAGCAGGACGUGGAUCACGGGAACACCUCGCAUCUGGGUGACUGUGACGGCUUACACCAGGAGAGUUACGUGGAGGAACCGGAUGGCCUGGUGUCCGUCAACCUCCUCAUCAUGUGUGCCGUUUCUGCAUUCACCACCGGGGCGGCGCUCUCUGCCCUGAUGAUCUGCUGGCUCAUGACGUUCAAGCACCGGCGCCGCUCCAGAGGCGGGGCAUCGAGCCAGAGUGGGCGUCGCCAUGCCGACAGGGAACAGUGCGUGCUAGGACACGGGCGUAGCAGCUCGGCGAUUAGCGUGACAAGGAUCAGCGGCGUCGACGCGCAGGUAGAAGACCUGUUCACUAACGGCUGGCCUAAAUCUGGCGAAAUCCAGGAUCCGGGAUUGCCGACUCCGGAGCAAACGCCGCUGCAGCAGAAACGGCCCACUCCUGAUAUCCACGACCACACCCAUCUCCACCUUCCGGACUCGGAUUGGGAGCAGAGCCAAACGUUUAUCACCCAAACAGGUCCGAACGCGUCCAUCAUGUACCUGAGUUCCGAUUACUUACAAGGCGUUGACGGAGACCAGCUGGAUGUUCCAGGUAUCCCUAAUGUUGAACGGCAGCGCUAUCUCAUCCUUCCUCAUCCCGCCAUACAGAAAGACCAAAGCAGGCACCAUUCGGCUCCUAAGACACGCAAUUCCGCCAGCGAAUACCGACCGGCGACGCCUCAAGACUCUCCUGAGCGCAGGAAGGUGGUAUCCGCUCCGAAUCCGCACUCGGACUACGGCAAUCCUCCGCACUGGAGCCAAAAUGGCGUCGGCAACAAUGCCAAACCCAACAGACACCACCAUAACUAUCCGCUACAGCCACGUACGAACGCGGCGCUGGUGCGACCCGGCGUCCUCCACGCCACCAGGGGGCUCGGCGAGCUGCAGGACUUCAGCCAUGUUCUGGGAAGGAGGAUGGACAGCGAGAGGAGAGAAAAAGACAGAGAGUGUACAUCCAACGGACAGUAAAGAGGACCGACAAGCUCCCUCUUUUCCAGAGAGACGUGACUCCCGAAACCUGUCUCACUGCCGUCUAUAAAGUCCCACGGUGUUGCUCGGACGACAGUUUUUCAGUCGACCGAGCGAGACAGACUCCAAACCAAGCGUCGAGCCGAGCACUUGCCAGUUAGCCUCGUUCCCUGAACAGCCCCGCCCGCCCCAGACAUCCUUUAGCACUUAGCAUGUUAGCAGGGUUCUCCGCAGCCCCUCUGCCGACGACACGGAGCCACUUUUCAGGAAACCGGAUAUCAGUAUACUGUGAAGUGUUUGCUCGACUCUACAGCCAACAGUAGCAAGUCUGUCUGAGAGGAAACUGUUCAGUGGACGCUAUUCUUCUUCUUCUUUUUUUUUUUAUUUCCCCAGUGCGUGUAUGUGUAUGUGUGUGUGUUUGAUAUUCAGGGCAUCCUGAUACCAGAGGCAAGUCUAGACCUCAGCUCGAGGACUUAACGUAAAGACGCCAGAGCCGAGGACGUCUAGCAGCCGAGCCACACUGGAGAAACAGACUCUUUUACGUUUGUGUUAGAAGCGAUCAAAGGACAAAAGUGACUUAAAGCGAUUUGCGAUCGCCUUUUUUUGUUUGUUUGUUUGUUUGUUUUUAAUCCGGAGUGCGCUUGUGUGGAUACGCGAAACACAAACGUCCUGAUUUUGACGACUGACGGCGACAGCAAGACAGGAUCUCGAAGACGACCUGAAAUCACACGUGAAUUGUUUUUAACCUUGUUAGUCCGCGCCUCUGUCCUUAUUGUGCACGAUUCAUCAGUAUCGAUCACUUAAUAAACAAACUUCUUUUUUUGUUUUUUUUUUGUUUUUCCUUUUGGAACAAACGAAGCGUUUUCUGAUUUUUCGACAUGUCACCACGCACAGGUGGGCGGGGAAACGAAUAUUCAAAUAUCGCUAAUAUCCUGACACGUUCUACCCCACCCCCCGCCCUCCCCAGCCAGCCAGUCAUCAACGUAUAUAUCCUAAAUCACGUUACGAACGAAACCGCGUUCGGAAGUCUGUUUCACGACGUUCCCGUUACCGUAGCGAUACUCCGAUAACGUUAACAGUACAUACCGAGCAGUAGCUAUCUUAUAUUAUGUAGCUAGCCAUGUCCUUUGGGAAGCUGUCGUAUUGUUUGCCAUGAAUUUAUUUUUAUUUUUUUUAAAUAAAAAGUGUAUCACGGGGAAGAAAAAGUGGCGUUUUGUGUAAUUCAGACCGAAGACAGUGAUACAGCUAGCCAGAUAACGUUAGGGACAUCUGUAACGGAGAAUCGAAAAGAGAAACCGUCGUGACCGGCAGACGCCUGUCGCUCGGCAAAAUCAGGACGUCUACGGAAAAAGAGCGUUCGCCGACGAUCACGGAACAGAUCGAGAGACGACACGCCGCGAGCUGCGAGCUCUGGGGUGGUUUAGAAGUAAUAACAGUGAUGCCGAUAAUGAUUGUGGGCGGAGUUUGUGUGUGUGUGUGUGUGUGUGUGUGUAAAUGUUUCUGAAGUGUUUUUGCUGCUGGAUACGAACACUGAGGGCUUUUGUGAGCGUCUUUCUGUCUUUCCGCCUGAUUGACCCGGCCUCUCUUUCUCUUUCUCUCUAAAUCUCCUUCUUUCUGUAAAGUGAAAUGUGAUCUCUCUCUCUCUCUCUCUCCAUCUCGUCUCUGGGGCGCUGCUCCGGGAAGCGUCUCUGAGACACUGAGGCUCUUUGUUGCGGGCCGGACAGACGAGGCUCGUCGAGGCGCUAUGAGUCGGGGCAGCGAGGGAAUAGCAAUGAGCGGCAGAACGAGUCAGUCCCUCUGGGGCUCCGUCCUGAUCCGAGAGAAGGUUUUAGCGGGCCGUCGAAGGGAGCAGGGUGCAAAGGGAGGAACGUUUAACGGCGACCUCGGUUUCUUCCCGCGCUCCCGUAUCCGAAUCAAUUCCAGAACCAGUCAAAUCCAUAAGACGAAUUCAUCGCUGAAGGGGACAGUGACACGAUGGCAUCAUCGAGAACGCCAACCAAUCGGACGCGGUCGAGGAAUGACGGGAACGCUACUGCAUCGUCAUGUCGUCAUAUCAGAUUAUAACGCGCGCCCCUAUCGAUAUCCGAUUCUUAGAAAUAAAUCGUAGUUUCGUUGCGUAAGUCGCGUCAUUGUUGCGUGUUUUAUGUCACGUUAUUUCAUCCCAUUGAGAAGAUGCAGCGUGUCUGGAGCGUAAACACCGUUUCACCGCCGUUUCUCUCGGGAAUACACGUUUUUAUUUGGCAGUUUGCUUGAUUUUUGCGUGCGGAAGUAUGUCGCGGAUUAUUGCUGCAGCGCGCGUUUUCGUUUACUUUUACACACAUUUUUUAAUUUUUUUAUUUGACGAUGAA